UCCCGCCGGCCCGGGCGGCGCUGCCGCGGGCGGAGCGGCCCCUCCCGCCCCCGCCGGGUCUGUGGCCGCGGCCCGGCCGCGCUUCCCGCCCUGCCCCUUCCCCUGAGGAGGCACCGCCCGCCCGCCGCUGCCGGCCAUGGCUGACUGGGCCCCCAUAGCCAAGGAGUACGACCCGCUCAAGGCCGGCAGCAUCGACGGCACCGAUGAGGAGCCCCACGACCGGGCCAUCUGGCGGGCGAUGCUGGCGCGGUACGUGCCCAACAAGGGAGUCACGGGAGAUCCUCACCUCACCCUCUUCGUGGCGAGGCUCAACCUUCAGACCACAGAAGAGAAGCUAAAGGAGGUCUUUUCCCGAUACGGAGACAUCAGGAAGGUCCGUCUGGUUCGGGACCUGGUCACGGGCUUUUCCAAGGGUUACGCCUUCGUUGAGUACAAGGAGGAGCGGGCACUCCUGAAGGCCCACAGAGACGCCAACAGGCUCGUCAUCGACCAGCACGAGAUCUUUGUAGACUUUGAGCUGGAAAGGACUCUCAAAGGAUGGAUCCCCCGCAGGCUCGGAGGUGGCUUUGGAGGCAAAAAGGAAUCCGGGCAGCUGCGGUUCGGAGGGCGGGACAGACCUUUCCGGAAGCCCAUCAAUCUGCCGAACGUGAAAAAUGAUUUCUAUGGAGAAGGAUCAUCGGAGAAAAGGAACUGGAAUCGGGAGGGAACGAGGGACUGGAGAACGAGGGACCGGGACCACGAGAGGAGCAGAGACAAGCGCUGGGGGGAGAGGGAGCGCUCGUGGACUUGGGGUGAAGGUGAGAGAGAGAGGGACUCCAGAGAGGAGCGGAGCAGAGGGAGGGACAGGAAGGACAGGGACAGGAAGGACAGGGACAGAGACCGGAGCAGGGAGAGAGAGCCCAAGAAGCAAAGAGAUGAUGAUAAGCACAGAUAGGUGACCAUGGCUCACUCACUCAUUGGAAAUACAGGAAUAGAAUAGCAACGAACUAAAGCUUCUGAGAAAUGGGCCCCAGAACAGAAGCUGGUGGGAAUGAUUUCAUUCUCUUGAAGAUGCUGGGACAGGUGAGACCUUUGGUCCUUAAGUAGUUCUGCCAGGUGAGAGACAAGCGUGUGACCAGUCCAUUUUGUACUCAUGGGAGGAUGUGGCUCCUUUGUACCCCAGGAAUGUGCAGCACAGAGCAGUAAACAGGUCAGAAAGUGCCUCAUGUUCCUGAUGAGUCCAUGGAUGUUCCCUGAGGGAUGGUGUCAUGGGUAAAUGUUGCAGCUGCACCCGCUCUGUUCUCUCUGCCAGUGAAGCUCUGCCUGCUCAGGGUUUAAAUCCACUCUGGAAAGUGGGUUUGCUGCUGGUUUGGGGAAAGCAGAGGCCAAGCAUCUGUUUCAGAGCCAGGAUGUCUGUACAGACACACAUCUCCUUUGGGGAGCUUACAGUGCUUUCUAGAAAGGGCUCUGUCGUGUUCUUUGUCAUCAUAAGCCAGACAGAUAACAUAUUUAAACUAUAUUUUGUAAGCCUUUGGAUGGCCCUGUCCUAAACCUUGCCCAGUUUGAUGCUGUAUUUCCAUAAAGAGUUGUACACACACAGAUCCAUGGGCUGCAUUCCCAAGAAGGGCUGGUAUUAACUUUUUACAGG